GGGAAAAAAGGGCAGUGAACAUAGCAGUUUGCAGAAGAAAUGGAGAGCGGCCUCGCAUAUGCAGGAGCGGCUCAGCCUAACCAUCUCCUCUCCCCUUCACGCAAUCUCAUGAGGCUACUCUCUCCAGCCUCCUUCAGAGACAGAAGAGAGUUCCCUUCCUCAUCAUUUCUGAAGCUUCAGAAUCAGCUCCCUUUUAAGUCCUCUCUCCAAACGACUUUCUCUACGCAUCGUGAAGCAGCGGUAUUGUCUGAUCCUAGCAGUGAAACAUUUGAAUUGGCUGAUAUAAAUUGGGAUGACCUUGGAUUUGGUCAUGUGGCAACCGAUUAUAUGUAUGUCAGCAAAUGUCCCAAAGGUGGUAACUUUUCUGGUGGUGAAUUAGUACGUUUCGGGAACAUUGAAUUGAGCCCAUCAUCUGGAGUUUUAAAUUAUGGCCAGGGAUUAUUUGAAGGCUUGAAAGCAUACAGGAAACAAGAUGGUUCUAUUCUACUUUUUCGUCCCGAGGAGAAUGCAUUGCGGAUGUGGAUGGGUGCAGAUAGGAUGUGCAUGGAAUCACCAUCUAUUGAACAGUUUGUGGAAGCCAUUAAACUCACCGUGUUGGCAAAUAAACGUUGGGUUCCUCCUGCAGGUAAAGGCUCCUUAUAUAUCAGGCCACUGCUUUUGGGAAGUGGAGCUGUUCUUGGUCUUGCACCUGCCCCUGAAUACACUUUUCUGAUUUUUGUUUCUCCUGUUGGGAACUAUUUCAAGGAGGGACUAGCACCAAUUCAUUUGAUCGUUGAGAAUGAAUUCCAUCGUGCAACUCCUGGUGGAACUGGAGGUGUAAAGACUAUUGGAAACUAUGCUGCGGUUCUGAAAGCACAAAGUGCAGCAAAAGCCAAAGGCUAUUCUGAUGUCCUGUACCUUGAUUCUGUCCACAAUAGAUAUCUGGAGGAGGUUUCCUCUUGUAAUGUUUUUGUUGUGAAGGAUUCAGUUAUUUCCACUCCAGCAAUAAAAGGGACUAUUUUGCCUGGUAUUACGCGGAAGAGUAUAAUUGAUGUUGCUCUUAGCCAAGGAUUCAAGGUUGAGGAGCGCCUUGUAUCAGUGGAGGAGUUGCUUGAUGCUGACGAAGUUUUCUGUACAGGAACAGCAGUGGUUGUGUCACCUGUGGGAAGCAUAACCUACCUUGAUAAAAGGGUGUCCUAUGGAGAUAGAAAAGUAGGUGCUGUGUCUCAGCAACUCUAUACAGCGCUUACAAGUCUACAGGUGGGUCUUUCAGAGGACAAAAUGGGUUGGACUGUUGAGUUGAAGUAAGCAGUACAGAAUUAACCUGUUAAUUUGUUUGCAUUUUACAUUUGUGAAAGCCUCUCUGUUACCAUGGAGUGAACAAUAUUCAGUUUUUAUUAUUUACUUGACAGUCUGGGACUUAAAGUUCAAUAUUCAAGAGUUUUGAAUUCAUUUCA